CUCCUGACUCAUAGGGGAUUUCCGGUUGACUCGGGCUGUUAGUUCGGGAUCAGUCUGUGUUAUUCUCGUUGCGGGGCCCCGAUAUGUCCGCAUACAGGGGGGUAAAGAUGUGGCCCCUGCUGCUCAUUGUGGGGGUGUCCGGGGUGUAUUGUGGUCACUCUCUCCAGUAUUAUGAAACCGCGGUCUCGGCUCCGGGACACGGGCUGCCGGAGUAUACUGAAGUCGGGUAUGUGGAUGGGAUCCAGAUAUCGGAUUAUAACAGUGACCGCGGCCGUUAUGUUCCUGUCGCUCGGUGGAUGGAGAAAGCGGGACCGGAAUACUGGGAGAGAAACACACUGAUCGGCAAAAACAACGAGGCUGUAUCUAAACACGGUGUGAGGACAUUAAUGAGCCGCUUCAACCACACCGGAGGUGUCCAUUCUGUGCAGCUGAUGCGAGGCUGUGAGCUGAGGGAUGACGGCAGCACCGGGGGGUACGAGCAGCGCGGAUAUGACGGGGGGGAUUUCCUCGUCCUGGACACCGAGCGCUGGGUUUAUGUUCCGGUCGUUGCCGAGGCGCAGAUCACCGCACAGAGAUGGAACGGUCCGGAGCUGCGAGUGGGAGAGAGAUAUAAGAAUUACCUGGAGAUCGAGUGUAUAGAAUGGCUGAAGAAACACAUCGAGAACGGACGGGAGGAGCUGGAGCGGAGAGUUGCCCCAGAGGUGAAGGUUUCAGCCCAGACUUCAGAGGGGGCCACAAAGCUUCACUGCCAGGUGUACGGGUUUUACCCCCACGAUGUGGACGUGAAUUGGAAGAGGAACGAGAUAGAUAUUCCCUCGGAUGAGGCCAAACAGGUUCUCCCCAAUACCGACGGAACUUACCAGAUCAGGGUCACCGUGGAAGUGACUCCAAAAGAGGGGGACAGUUACUCCUGCCACGUGGACCACGGCAGCCUGGCAGAGCCACUCAUUGUGAUGUGGGAUCCGAGGAAGGGCAGAAGCAGCAGCACCGUGUACAUCGUCAUUGGAGUCGUUGCAGGGAUCGCUGUCGCUGCUGCUGCUGUUGGGUUUAUAUUAUGGAAGAGGAGAAGCGAACGUCCCGUUUACACCCCGACUGGCACGUCAGAUGUGUCUCCAGCCGCAUCCAUGACGUAAAUCUCCGCAAACAGAAGGGAUCCGUACCGGGAAUUCCGUGUAGGAAACGGGAGAAAAUCCCCCGCCUGGCGCCGGCCCCUGCAUCCACUUCUUAUAACUCACAGAAAUCAAAAGCUUUUAUGGGAAUUGCUUAAAGUCGUAUAAUCUGCUUUAUACUUGCAAAUAUUCUUAUAUAAAUACCUGGGAACUCUCCGGGUCAACACCCGAAUCCUCCGGGUCGCGGGGUCUUGACAUGGCCCACCCAUUUGCCCUUUAAAUAGGGAUAUUUCCCAUGAUGUCGGCGGGCAGUCCUGGCCGCGUCCCCCAAGAGUAGGCUCUGUGUAGCCAGAGCCCAGAAGUUCCCAGGUUUGUUCAAAUACAAUAAGUUUUAGUGGGUGAUUCACUGCUUUGCUACAAUAAGAU